GUGAACAGUCUGCAGGGCACUAUUGUGUUAAACGCUGAACUGUAAUCAUAAAGCAGCAUUCUCACACAGCUACCCUGUGUGAAGCUUCUACUCCUCCUCAGUGGAGAGUGUGCUCUCCUCCUGCCUCGUGUUUGGUACUCAGGGGCCACAACUGAAAACAGGAAGGCUGCACAGGGGUCAUUAACAACUCCCAAAUAACUUACUGGCUGCCCUCUGCCACCCCUGGAGGCCAUCUCCAGAUCCUCCUGUCUCAGGAAAACCAGGGGCAUCACAGGCGAGCCCCACCCACCACCUAUUUGACCCGCUGCCCUCUCAGGCCAGUCAGGUCCCAUACCUCCAGACUCACCAACAGCUUCUUCCCCUGGGCCAGUCAGACUGCUAACAAACACUAUCCUCCACCCACCACCCCAACAAUCCCAACUCUAGAGUCUUUUCUUUGCACUACUUCCAAGCAUUUGUUCUCCAGUGUGUGGCUUUCUCUUGUUUGUUAUUUAUUCCUGCUGUCUACUAUUCGUAUUUUAUUCUGGCACAGUCAGUGGAGAGCACCCAACACCGAAGAGAGGCAUGAAAGCUGAAGAGUCCGCCUCCCAUUUUACUUUUAAAUAUCCUGCCAUGGUAAGCUGUGUGACAGGCAGGAUGACGCACCCCUUAAUUUUGCGGACGGAUUGGCCCAGGUUCGGUAAAUUAAUUGGACUGUGUGUCAGUAUGCAAUUGCGGCCGGUAGGGACAUGCGAGGUCUGUGUGGUGCUCAGCGGAGGAGUCAGUGGGGCCUUCUCGGGAGACCCCAUCGGCUCCAGGUACACUCAUUACCAUUAAUGGAGGUCCUGUUCGAGCGCAUUGGCAUGGACGUCAUCGGGCCAUUUCACACGGCUAUCGCUUUGUGUUAGUUCUGGUGGAUUUGCAAGGCAAUAUCCACAAACAGUGCCACUGCACACCAUUUCUGCUAAGUGUGGCACAGGUGCUAUUUCAGGUCAUCUCUUGAGUCGGUAUCCUGAAAAAGAUACUGACUGACCAAAGAACUUCAUAGAUGUUUAGCUUUACGAAUUGUAGGGCAUUAAGCCUACCACCCUCAGUAUGAUGGGCUGGUGGAGCGGCUGAAUAAGACCUUAAUGUCCAUGAUUCGGAAGUUCGUUCACGAAGAUGAACGCAACUGGGAUCGUUGGUUGGACUCCAGAUUCCACCAUUCCUGCCUCCCUUCAUUUGUGAUGACCAUUGCACACAGGUGUGGAUGUGGAUGUUGUGGAUGUUGCUGCAUUGCAACAGCAUUUUGCAAAUGUGUUCUCCCCCUUACCCAGCUGUAUGACUGUUAUUGUGCAUCAAUUUGACAAGCGGCCUGGCUUGAUGGUCUGUUCACGACCCUACAGGUUACUGGAGCACAGAAGACAAAUCAUGCAAAGGGAAUUGACGGAGGUUUUGAAGCUGGGAGUAAUAGAAGAGUCACACAUCGCUUGGUGUAGCCCCAUAGUUCUGGUAGUGAAGAAAGAUGGAUCUAUAUGGUUCUGCAUAGACUAUCGCAAGGUGAAUGAGGUGUCACAGCUUGAUGCUUAUCCCAUGCCGAUGCUGGAUUUAACCGAGGGCUACUGGCAGAUUGCCUGGUCUGCAGAGUCAAAGUAAAAAAGGGCCUUCUCUACUCUUUACGGUUUGUACCAGUUCAUUACACUAAUGUUCGGCUUGUUCGGAGCCCCUGCCACCUUCCAGCGUCUCAGAGACCGGUUGCUGCGUCCUUAUGCUGCAUAUGCUGCAGCCGACCUGGAAGACAUCAUCAUCAAUAGUGACACUUGGGCAGAGCAUAUGCAGCGGGUGGUAGUGGUCCUGGAGUGUCUGAGGCAGGCGGGGUUCAUGGCCAACCCAAAAAAGUGUGUGGUUGGACGGAGGGACGUAUAGUUUCUGGGGUACCAAUUGGGUUGUGAGCAUGUGCAGCCACAGAUGGAUAAAACAGCAGCUAUUGCAUCCUUUCCGCGUCUCAAGACCGGCUAGGCCAGAUGGCUCCCCGGCACAAAUUGGACGGUGGGGGGGUGGCACUGUGUGGUUGGUGGCUCAGCUGCAGGGGAGGAGUGGAGCAGCAGGUUCAUGGUUUGGUGUCAGGGAGGCUGGUUUUGCACAGCCAGUGAGCAUUUUGCAUUCCCUAUUUCAGUAGCAGCCAGGCCUGGAGAGGAGGCUGCUGCUGGAGGAGAGCACUGGAGCCAGGGCAGCGUGCACUGGAAGGUCCCAAAAGGUGACAUAAAGCAGAUUGUGUGAUAACAAUAAAAAAACACAAACCACAGUUACGGAGUUGUGUCAGGUCCUUCUGAGAUCACAGAAGUAUUUUAUGAGGAUGGUCAGAGGGCAGAGGGGAGAAUACACAAGUAAACUGCUGUUGCAAUGCAGCAACAUCUGCUGCGUGGGCUUUAAUUGUCACAAGGAAGUGAGGCCACCUCAUAAUGAGCAUUACCUGCUUGCUGUGUGACAACAUAGGUUCCUUACACCUAGCAAGUAGUUUCAUCCAGAGGGCUGGAUCCAGGGCCAGGGAUUCACUAAAUUCAGUAACCUGAGGACAUUUUAACUCUGGCUUAACAUUUUUUUUUUAAUUUUUACCAGUGCUGUUGUAUUAUUGAUCUUCCUCUGAACAAUGAAAGUUUAACUUUAUGGAACUUUUUGUUUACUGCUUCCAACAACAACAUGGGUAUUCGUGAAAUAUACACAGCACACUUUGUAUUUUUCCCCUCAUGUUUGAUACAGAUGUGGUGGUUCCAGUACCAGAGCCUCGCCCCAUCAAGUUUUUCCAGCAAAUACUUCAAUCAAACUUCCAGGACAAGUUUAUGUGCACCCAAGAAGGUUGGACAGAAGAUAAACAGCGUCUGGUUGAUAUCUACACAGAGCUGUACAUCACAGCUGGGUAUGAUGUACAUAUCAACACACAGCAUGAGGUCCGGCAGAUUGAGAAAGUAUGGAAGCCAGCAGAGCCAGAGAAACCUAUUAGACCCACAGACAUGUUCAAACAUCCUUCAGGAGACUACAGACCCAUCAAAACAGUGAUGACCAAUGGAAUCGCAGGAAUUGGAAAAACUUUCCUUGUCCAGAAGUUUGUUUUGGACUGGGCUGAACAAAGAUCCAAUCAAGAUGUGCAUCUGAUUUUCCCCUUCACCUUCCGUCAGCUGAAUCCUCUGAAGGGAGAAAAGUUCAGUUUGGCAGAGCUCAUUCAUGAAUGCAUCCCAGAAACUGUAGGCAUCCCACAGGAGGCUCUUAAUUACAUCUUUACAGAUGUUCAGUCAUCAGGAAUCACCAACUAUGACAAGAGUAAAUUCAAACUUCUGUUUGUGUUUGAUGGGCUGGAUGAGAGCCGCCUUCAUCUCGACCUUCAUUCUGAAGCCAUUCGCUCUGUCGAUGUAACAAAGGCAACUAAAACAGAUGUCCUGCUGAGGAAACUCAUCAAUGGGAAACUGCUACGCUCUGCUCGCAUCUGGGUAACCACACGGCCUGCAGCGGCCAAUCAGAUCCCUCGAGAGUUUAUCAGCAGUACAACAGAGGUCAGGGGGUUCACCGACCCACAGAAAGAGGAGUACUUCAGGAAGAGAUUCAAAGGUAAGGAGGAGGCUGACAAACUCAUCUCCCAUAUCGUGACAUCACGAAGCCUCCACAUCAUGUGCCACAUCCCAGUCUUCUGCUGGAUCACUGCAACAGUUCUGGAGGAUGUGUUGAAAACCAGAGAGGGAGGAGAGCUGCCCAAGACUCUGACUGAGAUGUACGCAGAGUUCCUGGUGUUUCAGAUUGAUCGGACAAAAGAAAAGUAUGGCCCAGAGAAGAGCAUUCAAUACAUUAAGUCAUUAGCAAAACUGGCCUUUGAGCAGCUGGAAAAGGGCAACCUGAUCUUCUAUGAGAAGGAUCUGAGACAGAGCGGCAUUGAUUUCAGCGAAGCCUCGGUGUGCUCAGGAGUGUUCACAGAGAUCUUCAAAGAAGAUCGAGGAAGGAAAGGGAAAGACAAGAUGUUCAGCUUCGUCCAUUUGAGCGUUCUGGAGUUUCUGGCUGCUCUUUAUGUGAGGAUGUCGCUUAAUAACAGUAACAUAAAUGUGAUGCCUUUACCACAGCCCUCAAUGCGCAAUCUUCAACUGCUUUUAAGUAAAACAUCUUCAAAGAAGAUCCACAGGAUUUCCAUUGACAGGGCCUUACAGAGUCCAAACGGACAUCUGGACUUGUUCCUUCGCUUCCUCUUGGGUCUUUCACUGCAGACCAAUCAGGAUAAACUACAGAGCCUACUGAAAAAAACAGACUGUCGGUCAAAAACCAACCAGAAAACAAUCCAAUACAUCAAGGAGAAGCUCAGUGAGAAUCUGUCUCCAGAGAGAAACAUUAAUCUUCUCCACUGCCUGAAUGAACUAAAUGAUCGUUCUUUAAUAGAGGAAAUCCAACAGUAUCUAAGUUCAGGAAGCCUCUCCACAUAUGAACUUUCUCCAGCUCAGUGGUCAGCUUUGGUUUUCAUCUUACUGUCAUCAGAAGAACAUCUGCAUGUUUUUGACCUGAAGAAAUAUUCUGCUUCUGCUUCAGAAGAAGCUUUUUUGAGGCUUUUGCCAGUGGUCAAAGCCUCCACCAAAGCUCUAUUGAGUGGCUGUAAUCUGUCAGAGAGAAGCUGUGAAGCUUUGUCUUCAGUUCUCAGUUCCCAGUCCUCCAAUCUGAGAGAACUGGACUUGAGUAACAACAAUUUGCAGGGAUUGGGUCUGAAGUUGCUCUCUGCAAUACUGGAGACUCCUCACUGUACACUACAGAGCCUCAGGUAAGCUGAAAUGUUGUAUUAUAAUGCUGCAGUGGAUUGUGUUCCAUGUUUAUCAUUUAUCAUCAUUGUUUGUUUAUACUUUAACUCAUAAACACAACUGUAUAGGAAUUAAUGCUGUCUGACUGCAAACAGGUGGACAGUGGUUUGUAUCAUAUCUAUCUAAUAGACUCCAGUUUGUGCAUGUAAAUGGAGAGUCCUCUUCACACACUGAGGUUAAUUAUGGAGUU